UCCUGUGUGGGCGGUCCUAGAUAAGAAGAAAUGACUGUAAAUCGUCGUCCACUUUGUUGAAGGAAAAAAUAUUUCACCCUAGACUGAGGAUCUAUUGUAACGUGUUCGGGCGAGCUGCCCCUAGUAAAAUAAUUUACAUCCUGCUUUUCCUCGACUUUUUUGUAUUUUGAACGGGGCAAGCAUAAUUUUAAACGGAUAAGGCACAUCACUGACACUUUGCGGUAUUUCCUUCCGUGAAUAACAGUUUUUUUCUCUCGAAAAAGCGCACGGGAUACUUUUUUUCUCAGUAAAUGCUGCUCUGAAAUUAUAAACAAAGACAAAAACACGAGUCAAGAUGGAUCUGAAGCUACUUUCUAUAGCAACAUUAUUAGGAAUCCUAUGUUUCUGCAGUGCACAGCAAGAGGGCAGUGAUUGCAUCAAGGCGAAUGCACAAUCAUGUGGGGAAUGCAUCCAGGUCGCAGAGAAAUGUGGAUGGUGUACAGAUGCUGACUUCCUGAAGCAGGGGGAGUCUAAGUCAGCCCGCUGUGAUGAGCUGAAGUCCCUGAUCACGAAGGGCUGCAGUAAGGCCAAGAUCGAGAACCCCCGGGGCAGUAUCUCCAUCGACAAGGACAAGCCCGUCACCAACCGCAAGAAGGACGUGGCUGAGAAGCUGAAGCCUGACCAGAUCACUCAGAUCCAGCCCCAGAAACUCAGCCUCAACCUCCGAUCCGGUGAGGCCCAGACGUUUAAGCUGAAGUUCAAGCGGGCAGAGGACUACCCCAUCGACCUCUACUACUUAAUGGACCUCUCCUUCUCCAUGAAAGACGAUUUGGAGAACGUCAAGAACCUCGGGACUGACCUGAUGCGUGAGAUGCAGGAGAUCACGUCAGACUUCAGGAUUGGUUUCGGCUCAUUUGUGGAGAAGACUGUGAUGCCCUACAUCAGCACCACCCCAGCCAGGCUGUUGAACCCCUGCACGGGAAAUGAGAACUGUACCAGCCCCUUCAGCUAUAAGAACGUGCUCAAGUUGACCGAGAAUGGGCAGCAGUUCAACAGCCUGGUCAGCAAGCAGCAGAUCUCUGGAAACCUGGACUCCCCUGAGGGAGGCUUCGAUGCCAUCAUGCAGGUGGCCGUCUGUGGGGAUGCCAUUGGCUGGAGGAACGUCACUCGUCUGCUGGUGUUCUCCACUGACGCUGGGUUCCACUUUGCUGGAGACGGCAAACUGGGCGGCAUCGUUCUGCCCAACGAUGGAAAGUGUCAUCUGGAAAACAACAUGUACACCAUGAGCCAUUACUACGACUAUCCCUCCAUUGCCCAUUUGGUCCAGAAACUGAGCGACAACAACAUUCAGACAAUUUUUGCAGUUACUGAGGAAUUCCAGCCUGUUUACAAAGAACUGAAGAACCUCAUCCCCAAGUCUGCAGUAGGAACCCUGUCCUCCAACUCCAGCAACGUCAUCAAGCUCAUUAUCGAUUCUUACAAUUCUCUUUCAUCUGAAGUCAUUCUGGAGAACAACAAGGUGCCUGAAGGUGUGUCCAUAAAAUACAAGUCCAUCUGCAAGAAUGGCGUGGUUGGUACGGGAGAGAACGGAAGAAAAUGCUCUAACAUCUCCAUUGGAGACGAGGUGUCCUUUGACAUUACCAUCGAGUCCCAGAAGUGUCCAUCUCAAGGCAAGUCAGAGACCAUUAGGAUCAAGCCGCUGGGUUUCAAUGAGGAUGUGGAGAUUGUCCUCAACUUCAUCUGCGAAUGUGAAUGUUCCAAAGGCGGAGAACCUCUCAGCAAGAUCUGCCACAAUGGCAACGGGACCUUUGAGUGUGGAGCCUGCAGGUGCAACGAAGGACGUAUCGGCAGACUGUGUGAGUGCAGCACAGACGAGGUGAGGACAGACGACCUGGACGGUAACUGUCGGAAGGACAACGGUACAGACAUCUGCAGCAACAACGGAGACUGUGUGUGUGGAACUUGUGAGUGUAAGAAGAGGGAGAACCCCGAGGAACGGUACAGCGGGAAAUUCUGCGAGUGUGACAAUUUCAACUGUGACCGGUCCAACAACAAACUAUGUGGAGGACAUGGGCGUUGUGAGUGCAGGGUGUGUAUCUGCGAUGCCAACUACACGGGCAGCGCCUGCGACUGUUCCCUGGACACCUCCACCUGCCUGGCAGCCAAUAAGCAGAUAUGUAAUGGCCGGGGCACCUGCGAGUGUGGCGUCUGCAAAUGCACCAACCUCAAGUUCCAGGGCCCCACCUGUGAGAUCUGCCCCACCUGCCCCGGAGUCUGCGCUGAGCACAAGGAGUGUGUUCAGUGCCGGGCCUUUGAGACUGGAGAGAAGAAGGACACGUGUCAGAGGGACUGCAGCUAUUUCAACCUGAUCAGAGUGAAGGAUCGGGACAAGCUGCCCCAGCCAGCCGACCAGUCCUACCCCCUAUCCCACUGUAAGGAGAGGGACGCCAACGACUGCUGGUUCUACUACACCUACGCCGUUAGGAACGACACAAUGAGGGAGGUCUACGUGGUCGAGACUCUGGAGUGCCCAGCGGGCCCUGACAUCAUCCCCAUCGUGGCUGGCGUGGUGGCGGGCAUUGUUCUCAUCGGCCUGGCCCUACUGCUCAUCUGGAAGCUGCUCAUGAUCAUCCACGACCGCAGAGAGUUCGCCAAGUUCGAGAAGGAGAAGAUGAACGCCAAAUGGGACACGGGUGAGAAUCCCAUCUACAAGAGUGCUGUAACAACUGUUGUCAAUCCAAAAUACGAGGGCAAAUGAUGGAGCAUCCUCUCUGUCAUUACAACACUGUAUGCAAAAUAAUAUUUGGGGGGGGUUUAUGUUCACGGUUUGUUUUUGUAGUCACCAAAUAAUAGCAGUGCAUUUUGCCACUAUUUCAGUAUGUUUUACUAACUGUUUUUUUCUAUGCAUCGUUUGAAUUGAAAAAUUGUACAGUAUGUAUAAACUUGGGUUUUUACUUUUUUGGUGGAACUUGGCGGAAUGUUUUUAAACUGAUUUUAUUUUUGCCACAGGACUGGCAAGGUCAUUGAAGGUGUGGUUGUGCCUUUCAUAGAACCGUGGAGCCAUUCUUUCUGUUUUUGAGGGUGAAAUUGGAUGUCGAUAUGGGACAAGAUACGUAGCGAUAGCUGGCCAUUAGGACAGCAGUAAAUUGUAAUGUGUACAGUUUGUAGGAAAUUCUGUGUAAAGCCAUAUUUUAGUCACAGAAAAGGGCUGGAAGCAAAGGCUGGAAGCAAAUGUUAAUCAAUUUAUUCUUCAACCUGAACAAUCAAUUUAAAUGUUUAUUUUUUAAAGAUAUUGUCAUGAUAUUUGUAAAUCUUUAUAAAUAAAAUGACAUUAAUGUACAUUAGUAGUAUUAUGGGCUCCAGGUUUAAAUUGUUUAGUUUUAAAGAACUCAGGUCCCUAUUGAACUCUUAAUUAAUAGCGAUGCCAAAUAUUACAGAACUCAUUGGCUUGUUUGCAAACAAUAUGCCUUAUUUUAAGUGUCUUGCUUCAGUUACAGAAAUUGAGUUCUGAAUGGGGUUCUGAAUGGUUUAUUACUUGACCUGUAUCCUCAGUGUGUUUUUUUUCUUUUUUUACUGUCAAAUAAUUAUCUUCUAAUUUAGAUGGUUUAAUCAAACUCUUCCAUUGAAUAAUGGUGACUACAUUUCAGUUAUAAAGAUCAGUGUUAAGGGAGUGACGUCAUUCAGAUCUCUGUAGAAUUUCAAACAUCCCACUUAGUUGUAAGAACACAAUCUCCACACUGUUUUUAAAGUGCCUUUUUAUUUCAUCACAUUCACAUUUUGCAUUACUUUAUUUCUGAAAUUAUUUAUUAAAGUUCCCAAACAAAUUACCCCAAAAUUGUUACAUGCUGCAUGUGUGUGUUAAUUAUUGUCAUUUGUCCUUGCUUUCUUUUUGUUAGAAAGAUGCCAAGGAAUGUUUGGCUCAUUGUGGCCUAGGCCUCUGAUCCAGCUUUCAACUCACUGCUCAUCUUCUGCUACCCACAUGUUUUCUACAGUUUAACAGAUGCAUUUCACCUCUUGUUUUGGCCAAUUCAUGCAUUUUCCAACUCCGGAUAAAUCUCAGGAUAGUGUCUCCUGAUCUGAACAACAGAAAUACAGCUGCCACUGUUUUCAGAUGCUGCACUGCCUAAUGAGUAAUGAGCAUUCGUAGAUACUUGAGUCAUAUGGCAUCAGCACUGCCACUGUAGCUAGGAGGGGGAAACAAGGCCCUUCCACAGGACACAGUUGGUGCAUACAGUGGGUUUGAACAUUGGUAUCAGGAGUUGGAAGCUCGGCUCCAAUAUAGGUUGGGAGAAUGCCCAAUGGUUGAAGUUAGUUUUCUGUUGUGUUAAACGGUCUCCCUUGCAAAAGAGGUCUGACGUUAGUGGGUCUUUCUGGUUAAUUUUUUGUUUGUUUUGUGAAUAGUUCCAUCACAGAAUAAAAUUCUAAUCCCGUAAA